UAGAUUAUCACGUUUCGAUUGAUAUGAAUCUCGAUCGAAACGUUAUCGCACUUAACUAUAUUAUUUAACUUUCGAUAGCUUAUUAUCAAUAAUGUUUUGUUCUUGUUGCUACUACUGAUGUUUAAUCCACUUUUAUUCGGUAUCUGCCUUAGUGUCGUCUCAAUCUCUAUGUGUAAUAAAGAUAAGCUACUGCAUUCCUGUAUACCUAUACAGUCUCGGUGAAAUUUACAUGUAUAAAAAAAAUUGAAUAUGUGACGUUUGACAUCGAUUUCUCAAAUUUUGUAACAAUUGGAUAAUUUGACAACGUUCUUUUAAUAUCCGUUCCUUUGAUUUCAUUUCCAUUCGUUUUUCUUUUUACAACUGAAGAAGGUGUUACACCGUGGUUGGUUGCCAGUGAAUAAUCAUAAGCGUAGAUAUGGAAAAAAAAAGUAAAUAACUGACUGAGACGCAUUCUCUAAGCGAUAAAUCAUGCAUUCGAUCGAUCUUUUCCUUCGAUCUUUCAACUAGCAGGAAAUAUUGCGUUUUACAAAGUACAUACAUCGUGCAAGUUACGUAAAAAGCAUCAAGGGAACAUUUUUGUCGUCAACUGCGCGACAACUGCGAAAAUUGUAGUCACGCGGCAAACGUCCCUAAGUUCAACUGCAGCCAUCGAAACGAUCAGUGUUCUCCAAUAAUGUGUUACCUACAUUCAAGAAAAUAUUCGAUUUAAUAAUUAUCACUUCCAACACAAUUAAGUUACUUUGUUUCAGAUCUUUUGUCUCAUUAGAAUCGUCGUUCUUGCAACCGUUAGUACAUUCGUCUGUCGUCAUUUAGUUGAUCGGUUUCGUGUCUUUGUACUAAUUGUAAGAAGAAUCGUCGUACAAAAAGGGUCGUCAAAUUUAAGUGAACCGUAAAUAUAUUUCAAUGUUUUGUAUUAAGGAAAAUUUCUAAGGAUAUUCGAUAGAGUUUAUAUUAUGUGAAAAAAAGAGAAGAAGCUUAAAACGGAAAUGAAAAACAAUCGUAUUAUUGAUAAAACGUUUAGUUGAUGACACUUAGAAUCGUAUCGGAUAUCUAAUGGAGUUGACAUCGAGGGAAAAGAAGGUGACUUUCGAAGGUCGCAAAGUCAGAGUCUAAAGAGUUAUCACGCGAUAAUGUCGUAAUCUGCCCGACUGUCCAAUAAUCUGUUUUUAGUGCAGUGGUAGUAAGAAUCGCGACAAUUUGCGAAUCGGCCGUUUCAUCGUGGAUUAUUGGAUGUACUGUCAUCAAGAAUUGCUUUUCGUAGACUAGCGUCGUAGUUUUACAGAUUUUGGCAGUAGUUGCUGACACUUCAUUGUCAUCUCAUUUCAGACGUUCAAUUAAAGAAUGUCGAAGAAACAAUGGUUGGUCCUGUUGAUGCUGUUUUUGACUUACUUGUUGCUAGGUGCUUCCAUUUUCUACCAUAUCGAGAGUCGCCUAGAAAUCGAACGCGUCGAAGAAGCCAAACGUGAACGCAUCGAAAUUAACGGUGAGCACAGUCGGUCGUGUAAUUAAAGAACAAACUAGUAUAUAGAUGAUUCGAAAUCUUAACAAUACAACCUAUAAAAUUGUUCCUUGCCAUUUAAUGUUCAUAUAUAAUAAUUUAUAUGAAUUCGCUAUUCGGCAGUUAAAAAAUCAAUGCAAGUUAUCGUCGGCCAAUAAUAUGAGCACAUAAAAAUCUAUUGUACCUUUUUCAUUACCGAUCAACAUUUAUUAAAGUUUUAAAAAAGAUUCGUCGUAGUCUCUCUCUCUCUCUCUUUAUUUCUUUCUCUUUCUCUCUCUCUCUCUCUCUUUUCUGCUUCAGUUGAACAACAAUGAGCAAUUGUGAUAAAAGAUAAAUUCGUUGGAUCAGUUACUUCAAUACUGAGUUACGAAAUCGAUAGCAUGCGAAAUCAUUCGGAUCAGCCACUCCUCAGAAAAUUGUUCAGCAAAUUCAUCGGUUUCCUUCACAAACCGACCGUAAAUGUUCAUGAAUAAAAACGUUUCAACUACUAUCCUAUCAUAGUGAUUAGAAGUACAACGUAUGUACAAUUGUGCAAAACAUACACUUUUUUCUGGAAUUUUCAUUAACUUUGUAACUAGCAUUAUCGUGACAUUAACCAUUAAAAUUAAUAGUUUUGGUCGAUUAGAAGAUAAUUACAGUAUAUACGAUGAGCGAGCAGCUUUUACUUUCACAUAAUUUGUCAUACGUUGCAGAGACAAUAAUAACAAUCAAUUAACAUUUUUAAUCGAAACUAAUUUUAUGAUAUUAUCAAAAAUGCAUCUUAUCUAAUUGAGAUCAAAAAAUUGUAAAGAAAUCUGAUAAUACAUUUGAAUUGACUCUGACGAAUUGAAGAAGAUCUUUACCUUUACGGUAUGAAAUUUGUUAUCCGAUGUGUUCUUUGUCGAAUUGUAUUGAUGUGACUUCUUUCCCGGUACACGCACGCAUAUAAAGUUCCUUAACUAAUUCGAAGCAAGUAGAGAACAUAAAUGAUAAACGAAUAAAGUGAAACGAUAAGAUAACGUUCGUCCGAGAACAGCUUUACUUCACGCACAUUAUGUGCCUAAUCUUAGUCACGAUCACGAUGAAAUUCUUGGAAAAUUGACACGGUACUGUGGAAAGUCGGUUUAUAAUUAUACCGACAACGAGACGGACCCCCUUAAAUGGGAUUUUUAUAACAGUUUCUAUUUUGCUUACACCGUCGUCAGCACGAUAGGUUACGGGAAUUUGGCUCCGACGAACAUGCUUGGCCGCAUUCUGAUGAUAUUUUACGGUCUGAUAGGCAUACCUAUGAAUGGAAUUUUGUUAACACAAUUAGGAGAAUUUUUUGGGCACGUAUUCGUCAAAGCUCAUAAGAAGUACAAAUCGUACAAGAGUGACCAUAAUGACUAUUAUACCAGAAAAUUAACAACGUUCGAAACGGGAAAAGUUGGGUUGGCUGCACAGAUAUUCGCUCAUUUGAUGCCAGGCUUCAUCAUGUUCAUCUUUUUCCCGGCAUUUGUCUUCUCCCAUUACGAGGGUUGGAGUUACGACGAAGCUGUUUACUACGCUUUUGUUACAUUGACAACCAUUGGUUUCGGAGAUUACGUUGCAGGACAGGACAAUAGCAAGGGUAGCGGAUUUUUCUUUAUGUUAUACAAGACUUUCCUGAUCUGUUGGAUUUCGUUUGGAUUGGGAUACACUGUCAUGAUUAUGACGUUUAUCGCACGAGGUAUGCGCAGUAAGAAGAUUACUAGAAUCGAGCAUAAACUAGCGAUCAAUUUGAAGCAUACACAAAGUAAAAUCUGGAACGAAUUCAACAAGGAGAUAAACUACCUGCGUCGUGUUUUCAACGAGUUACAGCUAUCUAAAGUCAGGAGAGUAUAUAUCGAUGAAUGUAAUUAUGAGAUUCCACCUUCGAAAUUUCCACGUAGCAAUAGCUUUCCUGAUCUUCGAGAUUUGCUCUAUGGUUCAAAAGAGAAAGAUAAGUUGUGUAACAGACCUCGACGUCGCGCCAACAGCGAAGUGGUACCGACGGAAGAUCAAAUAACUCGCGUCGUUUCUGAGACUGAUCUUCAAAGAAUCGACAAAACGGCAACAUUCGCAACUCAUGCGAUGGUUCAGCCAGCAGAAUUGUUGGCAAGAUUGGUUAAUAUUCUUGGUUACAUACCACCAGCUACAGAGGAUACUGGAGCUGAUGAUUCGAAUCAGACAACUUUCAUUAGCCAAGAUAUCGGAUAUCGUGGUAACAGGCUCGAAGAAAAUAACAGUAAAUUAUAUUCGGAGGAAGAGCCAACUUACACGUCCAGUACUGGACCUGGACUCUGGACUAUCGGCCAUGAAAAAAUACCAGCAUAUCGCUUUGCUAAUCCUCGUUCAAGAGCGGCUAGUGAGAUCAGACUACACGAGACGAAGAAAGAAGAUCGAAACACGGAACGAACCUGGUCCGGUCCGACGGCAGCUAAAAAAAUUCAUGAAUUGAUGAAAUUGCGAAUAAGCGAAUCAUCUGGCAAAGAACAUGGCAUUAAAGAAAGAAAAUUUUCUAAACUUCGUAACUUUGCAUUAACAAGAUCUGUUUCCAAAGCACUGGGUUCGUCUGCUCCUUGGAAAGGUCGUUUCUCAAUGAGUUCAGAAAAAAAGAACUCGGAGUUAGAUCACGAGAUUAACAGAGAGACCGGACAAUCAUUCCCAUUGGGAUCGGUAGCGAUCGAUGAUAGACGAGACUCGACCACUUCAAAUCUACGGAGACAUUAUUACACUCAUACUGGUGCAGGUAGCAAUCUUAAUACAGAAACUACUAAUAAUUUGCUCGAGGAAACCAGUUUAGCCGAUUUUUUGAGAGCCCUCACUGCUCUUCAUGCGAGCGUCGUUACGAAUGACAGUUGGAUCUCAGCUACGAACACGGAUCAGAUUCAACGUAAUCAACCUCGAAGAAAAAUGGGCACCGCUUCCUUGACACCGCCGAAACUUCCCAGUUUGUUCACGUUAUUUUCCCCUUCUCCGCCUACAUCGACAACUCAAAGUAAUCAAAAUACGAUUACGCAAGAGUUUAAUGCAAACUCGAACGAAAACAAGCUCCCUUGGCCUCAAAACCGACGAGAGUCGAGAAGAGGUAGUUUGAUAUUCGUUGCACCUACUACUACAAAAUCGAGAAGAUUUUCUUUAAGACCAGUGGCGACACCCAUUAGUCCUCCAACGCCUCCGAAGAACGAUACACCAUUCUUAUCGGAUUCACAGCAAAUGCCAUACGAAAGUAGAUCAACGUCUUUGUUUGAAUCACUCAAAGAACCUCUUAUUUCAACAGAGAGAGCACCGGGACUUUCAACGCCAAUAAAAUCAUUUUUAAACGAUCGGCGUUUCUCGCUACGACCUACUCAAAAUCCGAACGGAUGUUUAAUAGAUAAUAAUCCCGCCGCUCUCGUUCCUGCGCUCAAAGCUGUACCUCGUUGGAAGGCUGGGAUGUUACAACGACAAAUCAGUCAAAUGAAUCUUCGACGUCGAGCCAGAGCCUUCAGUUUGAGCGACGUUCACGCUGAAGAUCUCAAAGAAAGAGCCGAGCCUUUUGAUCUAUCGUCCAGUAAUGGCAAGAAACAUAAUUAUGAUGCAAAAGAAUAUCGUAAAAAUAUAUCUCCGAAUAAAUCCGAGAGAGAAGAUUUGAAAAAUGACGGAUUCGCAAAAUCCAUUAAAAAUUCAGAUCAGUUUGCGUCUUCGGUUUGUACUUCAGCUGAACGAUAUUCGUCGUUUUCGCAAGAAAGUGCUUUAACGAAUCCUGUUCGACUCGAAGAAAAGAACGUGCGAAUUUUUGAACCACAUACUCAACCCACUUCAAGUAUAGCCUCGACCGAGAAUAUCAAUCAUUUGAACGAACAUACUCCUUGUCCCCCGUUAGAUAUAUACAACGAAGAAAAAUUCGCUCCAUCCAGCACAGAGAAACAGGAAUUACAGGAAUCAUUAGUGGAAGUGAAAAUAGAGAACCCCAUUACGAAUAUCGUUCGUAAUCCUUUUACAGCUGACGUUUCUCUAAAUAAUUCGCUUGAUUCACUUUCAGAGUUGAAAGUCGAAAAGCAUGGAUCGCACUUGCCUAUUAAUAAAUCGUGACAUGCGGUAUUUGCUGAACGUCAAACUUACAUAUAUCUGCACUCAUUUUACAGUCGGACUGUCCUUCGGACUGUAUCGAAGUACAGCAAAUCUCAGACGAUAAAUGAAAGACCAAACGACGGUAUGACGAUAAACAAGGAACGAAGAAUUUAUAUGUAUAUACAUUGUACAGAAACUUUUAGUCUUUAGUCAUUGUACAGAAACUUUAUAAUUGUUUCCCAAAAGCUGUCGCUUUCUGUUAUGAUCAAUUUUAAGGAAACAAAAGAUUGAAAUUUAAAUUGGAGGAGAGAGAUUAUUGCAAAGAAAAAGAGAGAUCGAACGUUCUUUUCUCGUUAUAUCAUCGAUAUCAAUAUAUUAAGUUUCUUUAAGUAUCCCUACUUUUACUGUUAUACUUAUUUACUAGUUUUAUUUCCUACUCUUUUCUAUUGCUUUCUUUCACUGCUACAAAUGACCGUUACAAAAACGAAACUGGACGUCGAGUUAUCACGAUUUCUAAAAGAGAUGAUUAUUUCGCGAAAAAUUAUUUCGAAGAUCUAGCAUUUUUGAUACCCAUGUAUUUUUAUUCAAUCAUUCGAUACAAUAAAUUAUGUAUAAUUUAGUUUACACAGGAACGCAGUUUUCUUCUUUCCUCAAGUGCCGAGUUUCAAGCAAGUUACCGUG